UACUUUGAAAGGCGUCGCAGAGGCUGGUGCAUGGGUUGCCUUUUCGGGCAUGGAGCCAGCGCCCUAAUGCAUCCCUCAAAUCGACUCAGUCAGGCGUCGCUUGGAGACACAGUGAAUAGGAAAAAAAGAGAGCUUAGGAUGGGAUGAAGGCGAGCGAGGAAACGGGCGUUGUUUCUCUUAUCCCCAUUAUCCCCUCCUUUUCAUUGCUCCUCUGCUCCAGUACCUGCCUGCCUCCUUGGGUUUUAGGAUUGCCUGCUGCUGCUGCUGCUGCUGCUGCUGCUGCAGCUGCUUGAAUCCUCUCCUCUCUGGGCUGCCAUUUAGGUCCAACCCAUUAAGCUGCCUCCGCUGCCACCACCUGGUCUGGCUCCUUGGAGGCUGCUUGCUGCUGCUUUCUAUUAAUUGUCAUCUUCCUUUCCCGGACUGCAGUGAGGAGGAGGACGUGAUUGGCACGAUGCUACGUUGGGGACCGAAAUGCCAACCAGGAGACGGCAAGGCGAUGAUGAGCUGAAGUGUGGCUGAGGGCCAGUGGGAACACCGUGGCUGCGCUGCUUCCUUCCUGGGGUCUUUUAACGGCCUCCUGCUGACUCCUGUUCUUGCUUGUCCAUCUUAAGACUUUCACAUCCACGGGUGCGGCUUGUGCCAGACGUCAUAUAGGGUCAGGAUUCUGAUGUCUUGACUUUGGAAUCCCAGAAGAACUGAGACACAAGGAUCCUGCACGUUUCUCUCCCUAGCAGAUUGUUUUCAGUCUCCACAGUGCAGGAGAGGGGUCGACAGUUGUUGGCACUCAGACACAGAUGCAUUGUGCACUCUAGGAAGAAAAACUAAGGCUACACAUAAAAAAUGUCUCUGGAUCCUCCGAGACAAAUAGGAGUGUGGCGACAGACAAGAGCUCUUUUAUACAAGAACUGUCUAGUUAAAUGGAGGACUAAAAAGGCUAGUGUUCAGGAAGUCCUGAUUCCACUUACCUUUUUAGGUUUGCUAAUAAUAAUAAGCAUGAUUCAGCCUAACAAAAGACAUGAUGAAGUUCCAGAUUGUAAUCUUGAUUCUACGAGUUGCUCCAGCAUCUCUGAGUUUAUUAUUGGCUACACACCAGUGACUAAUAUGACAAGAACAAUCAUGCAUAAAGUGACUUCAGAAUACUGCCCAGAAGCAGAAGAUGCAAAAGAAUUUCUGAGUGAGGCAGAAAUGGAAGAGGCCAGUCUUCAGGACCCUGAAAACUUUGUUGGUGUCAUUUUCAAUGAUUCCAUGUCCUAUCACCUCAGAUUUCCUACUGUAGUGGCUCCAAGAUCUUUAAUCCUCCCGACAUCAAUAGCCAGUUGUUCAACCCCUUCCAAAAUGUGUGAAGCUGAAACAUACUGGCAUUAUGGAUUUGCAGGCAUACAGAUCUACAUUGAUGCAGCAAUUAUAGAGUUGAAGACUAAUAAAUCAGUUUUGGAAGAACUGGAAUCAGCAAAAGCUGUCAAGAUGGGAAAGUCUGCUGUUGUGGAAAUAGAUAAUUUCUUUCGUGCAGUAAUCUUAAUUUACUUAGUUAUUGCCUUUUCACCUUUUGGCUAUUUUUUGACUAUUCAUAUUAUGACAGAAAAAGAGAAGAAACUGAAGGAAUUUUUAAUGGUAAUGGGACUUCAAGACACAGCUUUUUGGCUUUCUUGGGUCUUGCUCUACACCAGUCUGAUUCUUGUCAUGUCCCUUCUCAUGUCGGUUAUUGCAACAUUUUCUUCGCUCUUUCCCCAAAGUAGCAGCUUUGUGAUAUUUCUUCUUUUUUUCCUAUAUGGAUUAUCCUCCAUUUCCUUUGCAUUUUUGCUAACCUCUCUUUUCAAAAAAGUGAACUAUGCUGGUUCAGCUCAGUUUUUCACAACUGUGGCUUUUGGUGCUGUGGGCCUGAGCAUUGCCCUGUUGGAAGAUUUUCCAAAGUCUUUUGUGUGGUCACUAAGCCCACUGUGUGAAUGCCCCUUUUUAAUUGGUGUUGUACAGGUGAUGCAUCUGGAAGAUUAUGAAGAAGGAGCUAUUUUCUCACAUAUAACUCAUGGCCCUUAUCCACUAAUUAUUGCUUAUACGCUAUUGACCCUUGAUAGUAUGCUUUACCUGCUCCUAGGGAUUUAUUUUGAUCAAGUGAUUCCAGGGGAAUAUGGAUUGCGGCGAAGCUUUUUCUUCUUCCUAAAGCCCUCAUUUUGGGUAAAGCGAACAAGAAAUUAUAAGGAAUUGUAUGAAAGCAGCAUUAAUGGAAGCUUAGAAUUCAAUGAGAUUGUUGAGCCUAUAUCUUCCGAGUUCCAGGGAAGAGAAGCUAUUAGAAUCAAUAAUGUCCAGAAAUCAUAUAUUAAAAAGGGUGAAACUGUGGAGGCUCUGAAAAGUUUAUCCUUUGACAUUUAUGAGGGUCAGAUCACAGCCUUACUUGGACAUAGUGGAACAGGAAAAACAACAUUAAUGAACAUUCUUUGUGGAUUGUCCCCACCUUCUGAUGGAUUUGCAUCGAUUUAUGGCUGUAGAGUUUCGGAAAUAGAUGAAAUGCUAGAUAUAAGAAAGGUAAUUGGAGUCUGCCAGCAGUCAGAUAUAUAUUUUGAUGUAUUAACCGUGGAAGAGAAUUUAUCAAUAAUAGCUUCGGUUAAAGGAAUACCUCCCAAUGAUAUGAUACAAGAGGUCCAGAAAGUUUUACUCGAUUUGGAUAUGCACCCCUUUAAAGAUAACCAAGCUAAAAAACUAAGUGGAGGACAGAAAAGAAAACUGUCGGUUGGAUUUGCAGUUCUUGGAGAUCCAAAGGUAUUACUCUUAGAUGAACCAACCGCUGGCAUGGAUCCAUGUUCACGGCAAACAGUUUGGAACCUCCUGAAAAAUGGAAAAGCCACUCGAGUGACUGUGUUCAGUACCCAUUUCAUGGAAGAAGCAGACAUUGUUGCUGAUCGGAAAGCUGUGAUUUCUCAAGGAAUGCUGAAAUGCCUUGGCUCCUCUCUGUUCCUUAAAACAAAAUGGGGAAUUGGCUACCGCUUGAGUAUGCAAAUAGACAGGUACUGUAACACGGAAGGCACAGCAUUUUUGAUCAAGCAGCAUAUCCCUGGAGCCAGUUUGUUAAAGCAGACUGAAGAGCAGCUUGUGUAUGCCUUACCUUUUAACGACAUGGACAAAUUUUCAGCACUGUUUGCUGAUCUAGACAUGCAUUCCCAUUUGGGUGUUAUUUCUUAUGGCGUUUCCAUGACUACCUUGGAAGAUGUGUUCCUCAAGCUGGAAGUUGAAGCUGAAAUUAACCACACAGAUUUCAGUGCAUUUAACUCGGAGCAAGCUGAAGAUGAAAUGGAUGCAAAAUCUAUGGAUGAGUUAGAGCAAAGCCUGCUAAUGCUAUCUGAGACAAAAUCGUGUGUACUAAGCAAUAAGUCUCUUUGGAAAAAACAGGUCUCUACUCUGGCAAAAGUUCAUUUUCUUAAUUUCAAACGUGACAUCAAAUCACUCACGGAAGUGUUUUUGCUAUUAACAGUGUUCCUUGGUGUUGAGAUUUAUAUGUUCAAUAUGUAUCGGCAAUACUUCAAAAAUGCAGUGGUUCCUGUUACGUUUUCUCCAGACUUAUACUUUCUUAAACCAAAUGAAACUCAUCAUAAAUACAAAAGCAGUCUCCUUGUUCAGAACUUCACUGGGUCAGACAUUGAUGACAUCAUCAGCUCACUCAUAAGCCAGAAUGUACACACAGAAAUAUUCAAUGGCAGUGAUUAUGUAUCGAUUGCUCCCCACAAUGGAGCAUUAAAUGUAUCUCAUACAGGCAAGAGCUACAUCUUUACAGCUGCUUUUAACUGCACCAUGAAACAUUCCUUACCAGUUAUGAUGAAUAUCAUUAGCAAUCUGUAUCUGCACAAUUUAAAUGUAACAGAAAACAUCCAUGUCUGGAGUAGUUCGUUCUUCCAAAAAAUCACUGACAGAGGUUUCAUAAUGGUGCUGGUUGUUCAAGCUUUGACAGUAGGAGUCACAAUAACUGGAUUGCCAUCAUAUUUUUCCAUGGACAAUGCAGAAAACCACAGGAUCAAAGCCUAUACUCAACUUAAAUUAUCAGGUCUUUAUCCAUCUGCUUACUGGUGUGGGCAAGCACUAGUUGACAUUCUUUUAUAUUAUAUUAUUCUCCUUCUGAUGGUCGGAAUCUUGUUCAUAGUACACCAUGGGAUUAUUUUUUCCCCUGAGGAGGCUCUUGCUGUGGUUUUGUGCCUUAUUGGCUACGUACCAUCGGUAAUUCUGUUCCAUUAUGUUGUCUCUUUCACCUUCAAAACAAUACAAAACACCAAAGAAUUUUGGUCAUUAAUUUUUUCAACAGUAGCCUUGAUUUGUGUUAUUGUUAUUGAUGUAGCUUUUAUUCAGUCGUACGCAAUAGCAAUUAUAAUUCACACAUGCUUUUCUAUCUUCAUCCCAAUAUAUCCUCUUAUUGGGUGUCUCAUUUCUCUAACUGAGGUAGCAGAGAAGCUUGGUCGAAAUAUGGAAAGAAAUACAGAAAGGCUAUUGGUUUCAACAAUAGCGCCCUACUUGCAAUGUGUCAUUUGGCUCUUCCUUCUACGCUAUCUUGAGGUUAAAUGUGGAGGCAAAUCAAUGAGAAAUGACCCAUUUUUCAGAACUCCUGCGAAGCUAAAGGCCAGGAAAUCGCCAGAUGUGCCAUUUGACGAGGAUGAGGAUGAAGAUGUUGUGGCUGAGAGGUUGAGGGUUAAGGAGAUGACAACGAGCCAGAGCUGUCAGGAGAAACCUGCCAUUUUGGUCAGCAAUUUACAUAAAGAUUAUGAUGAAAGGACAGAUUUUCUUCUUGGAAGAAAAAUCAAGAAGGUGGCAACCAAUCAGGUCUUUUUUUGUGUAAAAAAAGGAGAAAUUAUGGGACUGCUAGGCCCCAAUGGAGCUGGGAAGAGCACACUGAUUAAUAUGUUGGUGGGAGAAGUAGAACCAACCUCAGGCCAGGUGCUGAUGGGAGAUUAUUCUUUAGGCGAAAAUAACAAGGAUAGCUCCAUGAGAUUUAUGGGAUACUGUCCACAGACAAAUCCACUUUGGCCUGAUAUUACAUUGCAGGAACAUUUUGAAAUUUAUGGUGCUAUCAAAGGAAUGAGUGAAAGUAACAUGAAAGAAUUCAUAAAAUGCAUUUCCCAUGCACUUGACCUCAAGGAACAUCUACAGAAAAGAGCAAAGGACCUUGGAGUAGGAAUCAAACGAAAGUUAUGCUUUGCUCUUAGUAUGCUUGGUAACCCUAACGUUACUCUAUUAGAUGAGCCAUCUACUGGUAUGGACCCUGUAGGGAUACAGCAGAUGUGGAAAGCAAUUCGGGCAGCCUUAAAAAGUAAGGAGAGAGCAGCAAUUCUGACAACUCAUUAUAUGGAAGAAGCAGAGGCUGUGUGUGAUCGAGUCGCAAUCUUGGUGUCUGGAAAAUUAAGGUGCAUUGGUACAGUUCAACAUCUCAAGAGUAAAUUUGGCAGAGGAUAUUUCUUAGAAAUGAAAUUAAGAGAAGUGCCGGAUUUACAGCAGAAGGAGCGUCUUCAAAGGAUGGUUUUGCGCAUCUUUCCAAAUGCAAGUUGCCAGAAAAGCAUUGCCUCUGUUUUGGCUUACAAAAUUCCAAAGGAAGAUGUCCACUCGCUUGCAGUAUCUUUUUCUAAACUGGAGGAAGCAAGACAUGCUUUUAAUAUUGAAGAGUACAGCUUUUCUCAAGCAACACUGGAACAGGUAUUUAUGGAACUUGUCAAAGAGCAAGAAGAGGAAGAGAGCAAUUUUGGAACCCUAAAUGGAACAAUUAGUUGGGAAAGAUCCCAGGGGGAGAGAGUUAUUUUCUGAUUUGUUUCACACUGCAGAAAUUCAAGAGCUUCACUUGUCAGGGUUUUUGCUAAAUAUUUGUUUGCUGUGGCCUAGAGAACAAAUAUCUUACAGAGCCUAUUCCUGAACAAUUGAGUAAACCUUCUUUGCCUUAUGAAAUACCUUUAUUUUUGAAUACUCUUACUACUAUUCUAAGACUUGCUUCUUUUUUAAAAAAGUAAUAAUGAAAACCUUUAUGAUUUUAUCCUUUUGUUUUGUUCUGUAGUAAUGGUGGAAAGAGGGCAAUGUACUUAAUAUAUUGUUUGGGGGCAAUUUAUUUUUCAAGAAACUCAUUAGCUUUAAGAGAAGGACCAUGGCUGGGCCCCAGUGAACUCUUUCUAACCCACUAAAUUUAAGCUUCAGGUAAGACCAAUCGUCCUAUUUCAGUGGGUUAAGGAAGGGUUAACUGAGAUGGGACUUACCACAGCGAUUCCCAACUGCAGUGCGAAUACUAAAGAACCUGAUGCAACACUGUGCUAGCAUCAGCUGAAGAAUACACGUGCAGUCUGUAGUGCCUAGGGAAGAUCAUGUUGCCACUUUACAAAUAUCCAGCAAUGAUGUGUUCGCAGCAAAGGCAGCAUUAGCUGCUGCUGACCUAAUUGAAUGAGCAUGAACCUUUGUUUGCCAGGGUCAUUGCUGAAGUGCUUGUUAACACUCUAUUGCACUACAGUACUUUAAAAAAAGCAAUUGCACUUCCAGAAAUCCCCUCAUCUCAGUCAAAAAACAAUGGGAGUACAAUAUGGGUUAUGAAAUAAACCCUGCCCAAUGGACUAAACUGUGGUCUAAACCUCCCUUUAAAUCCAUAUCAGCGAAAAGAAGGCAACUCACAUUGAAACUUAAUCUCUAGAUGGUACCUAACAAUGCAAAAGGUGGUGCUGACACACCCAGGAACCCCACCAAAAUGCUGGAGCGGUUGUACCCUUUUGGACAUCAGUCCUACAAGAAAUAGGCAAAAUAACAAAACAGGUACUAGAAGCCACCCGAGAACUGGCCCUACUGAAUAUUUUCCAAGACAGUAGGCACAUUCACACUCCAAAGAACUCAUAACCCACCUAUGCUCAGCAGCCAGGAUCAUCAUAACUAGACACUGGAGGUGACCUUCAGGAGUGAACAUAAGCCACUGGGACCAAACUGUCUGGGAAAACCUAAGCAACAAAUUGAAACUAGCAUGGGGACAAACAAAAGAGGAUGCCUUCACCCCAUUGUGGCUCCCCUUUAUCACAUACAAAGCCCAACAAGACAAGAACCCACCGACUGCAUAUGAAUUGAUAUGACUAACUUGACCUAACAACCCCUGCCCCUCACCCAUGCAAACAAAACUCACUGCAGUCAACUGAAGGCAAUCAACCAGGCCUUGCCUCCCAAGCUCCCUCACCGCCAGUGAAGACGAAUGAAUAGAAAGAGAACCUACCCAUGUGACGCUGACACAAAACCUUGCACAUAACACUAUGUAAAAUAAUGAACAUUUAAUACUCCUCCCCCCCUUCUCCCCCAACCUUUUAUUGACUAAAACAUUAGCGUCUCAUGUCGAAUAUGACUGAUCUGUAGAAAGGACUCUGAACUGAAAACAGAUGCUGUUUGUACUCAUGUAACCCAAUAAAAAUUAAUUUUAAAAAAGCAAUUGCACUUCAGAAUUAGUGACAAGGCAUUUAUGGCAUUGUUCUAGCUCCCCCUUUUGGGUUACAUGUUCUGAACAACAGUCACAUUAUCCAGAAUAGAUCUGGUCAGAUGGGUAUAGUCAGCAUUUCAUGAGCUCGAAAUAAGUAUUUUGCCUGCAGCCAAUCACUUUAAGCCACUAUGAAUUACAUUCAAUAAUGUCAAAAUACAUUUCAAUAUAUGUGUAAUGUGGUAUAAGACUACCAAUGCUCCAUUUUGUUUUGGAUGGUUUAAACCAUUACCAUUGCAAGUUGCAAAGAACCCUGUAUACUGCAUGCAUGCAUAUGUCCAUUUAUUUAAAUGGGUUUCUCUCACUUUUCCAAUGCAAAUUGUAAAGGCAACAUGACUAAAUCACUUUAUACAGCAUAUUAAAGCAUUGCAUUAUAUUUUGCCAUUUUUAAUGUCAACACACAAGAUGUACUACAUGUUUGACAAACUUAACUUUUUGUGUUCCUUUUCAAGGUCUUUGCAAUUUGUAGCAGCACACCCCAGUUCUAAUGUUUUGAUAACCAUGGCAAGCAAUGAAUCUGUUCCAUUGGCCGCUGGAAUAACAAAAUAGAGGAAUAAACAUUUAUAUGAUACAA